ACUGCUGGGAUGGGACCGUCGGUAGAGCCAUCGUCCGACUUGGCUCAUCCCUGUGAACCAAGUCAAGAGCAUCCUACCCAAGCCGUAACAUCUACUGUGCCCGGGGAGAACAGUGACACUAUAGCGCACGCAGACGUCAUCAUUGGAGUCAAAUGCAAGUAAUGUGCGACCACCAAUAGAAAUGCCACCCAUCACACCAGAAUUCCAAGAUCCUUCAGCUGAGGAUCAGUCGAAUUCUGUCGUUCGUGGUGACGGAGCGUUCUGAAGCUGGGGUACAGACGAUCGAAAAAACUGUCUCCCAUCUAUCCGUUCAGACGGCCGCGAGUGCACGAUUUACAGGGGAUGCUUGUAUUCAAACGGAGCCUGGGCCAAUCAAGGAGAAUCCCAUCGAUGUCGCCGCGCUAAUGGAAGAACUCCGCCAAGUUAAAUCGGAUCAUGAAGCAGCAUUGGGCCAACUAAGAAGAACUCACUUGAACGAGCUAGCAGAGAGGGAUGCGGAGCUUGAACAUCAGAGACUCAGCGAUGAAGAGAAACUUGCAGUGGUCACAAUGGAGCUCGAACAACUUCGACCUGCUUUGAAAGGGAAAGAUGACGAACUUGGACAACAACGACAGGAGCACGCAGAACGAAUUGCGAAGCUUGAGGAGGAGAUCGAAACGCGGAAGAUCGAAGCUUUGGCAGCCCAAUUCCCUACUGCGUCAAAGUUGCUCAUCACUGCUUAUAUUCGUCUGGAGUGUCUUGGGAAGCGCAAGCGUGAGGACUUGGAUGGUGGCAAAGUGGUUCGGCUGAAGGAUCGACCAACUCUUUAACUAUAUGUUCGUACAUUAGUCGCA